CACCAUCAUAAGAACCUCCUUUGGCUACAGCUUACACAAUACAAAAAGUUCGCCUGUAACAUUCAAGGAUACUGUCAUUGUUUUAAUAACUGGAUAAGACACCAAGGAGUCGCCGCAUAGACCGGGUCGGAUUUUGAAGCAGAUAUCAAAGUUGCUGUGAAAGCAAAUGGCUCGGAUUGCCCUGCCAAGCAUCGGGUUACUUUUGCUUCUCUUUUUAGCGGUUUUCAAACUAGGGGCCGAAGGAACAAAAUCAUCCGACCUCAGGAGAUGGAAGAGGGAGUGGGUUAUCCCUCCGCAGAAGCUGGAGGAAAAUACAGAUUACACACACAGGGAAUACAUUGCCAAGAUUCGAUCUGAUCUUGAAGACGAGGGGAAAUGGAAGGGGACCCUGAAAUACUCUCUCAAAGGAAUAGGUGCCUCAGAAGACCCAAUUAAUUUAUUUGUUGUUAAUCCAAACAAUGGCUUUGUUAAAAUAACGGGCAUUCUGGACAGAGAGAAAAUCGCCAUGUACAACCUAUCUGGAGUUGCACGAUAUGCUAACGGGGACUACGCAGAAAAGGACAUUGAAUUGCGUGUUAAAGUCGUAGAUCACAAUGAUUGCAGCCCUGUAUUUGAAGCAAUACCUAAUGGGGAGGUGGAUGAAUUAAGUCCUGGUGGCGCAGUUGUCAUGAAAGUAGCUGCCAGAGACGAUGAUGAACCUGGAAAUCCUAAUUCACAAAUAGCAUACAGUAUUAUAAAUCAGGAACCAGGGGGAGAAAAUAUGUUCGACAUCACUCAAGAUGGCAAUAUUAUCGUCGCUGGCAAACUGGAUCGAGAAGUGCAAGAUACUUAUGUUUUAACUUUAAGGGGAAAAGAUCUGAAUGGUCGCACGGGUGGAAAUACUGGCACAGGAACUGUUACCAUCUACGUCAAGGAUGUCAAUGACAACCCCCCUACACUGGAGCUAGACCAUUAUGAAGGCAGCGUCAUGGAAAACACCCAGGGUGUGGAAGUCCUGAGAUUCAAGGCCCUUGAUGAUGAUAUUGAAAACACGGACAACUGGCUGGCAGAUUUUGAAAUUCAAUCAGGAAAUGAAGCCGGUUACUUUGAAAUCGAGACCGACCCGAAGACAAAUGAGGGCAUUUUAAAGCUUGUCAAGCCAAUGGAUUAUGAGGACAUCCAUGAGCUUGAUCUCCAGGUGGCAGUCGCUAACAAGGCCCCGUUCCACCCUUCGGUCACUGGAGGUGGUGCUACAGGAGUAGAUAUUGCUGUAGCAGGAGGAGGAGGAGGAGGAGGGGACGGGGGAGGAGGAGGGGGAGGAGGAGGAGGAGGAGGAGGUGGAGGGGGAGGAGGAGGAGGAGGAGGAGGAGGAGGAGGAGGAAGCUCUUCCUGGAGCAGCUCCGGGGCCAAAACCUACCCCAUCAAGAUCAAGGUCCAAAAUGAGCCAGAAGGUCCCAGGUUCCGUCCCGAGGUCAAGGCUGUUCCCAUUUCUGAAGACAGCAAAUCAGUUAACCUCAAAGACGUGAUCGUCAAAUACCCGGCCAUCGACGGGGACACUGGGCUGGACGCAAAAAACGUCAGGUAUGUAAAGGGCUUCGAUCCAGACAACUGGCUGGUGAUCGAUGAAGAGACGGCUGAAGUCCGACUCAACAAACUGCCUGAUCGGGAGUCCAAGUACCUUGUUAAUGGAACCUACUUCGCAAAAGUACUUUGCAUAUCACAGGACAUGCCCGGAAAAACGGCGACUGGGACCAUAGCGUUGCAGGUGGAGGACUUCAACGACCACUGCCCCACGCUCACCACCACCUCCCAGGACCUGUGCACCGACGACAAGGUGGUGUACGCCACGGCCCAGGACGAGGACGACGACCCCCAUGGCGCCCCCUUCCAGUUCACCAUCAUCCCAGAGGACACCACGGGGGGCUGGGUGGUGGAGAGCCUGAACGCCACGUCAGUGAUCCUGAGGACGCACGACAACCUGUGGCCCGGAGCCUAUAAGGUGGCCUUGGAGGUGGCGGACCAGCAGGGCCACUCCUGCCCGGACAAGCAGGUCAUGGAGGUGCAGGUGUGCACCUGCAAGGACCCCUCCACGCCGGACUGCAGCGAUCGCGCAGGGUCGACAGGGGCUAGUUUCGGGGGUGCGGGCGUGGGCCUGCUGAUCCUCGGAGCGCUGAUGCUGCUGUUGAUACCCCUCCUGCUCAUGUUAUGCAACUGCGGGGGCGCGGGUGCAGGCGGGGCCGGAUUUUCCGAAAUAGCCUUUGACACCAAGGAGCAUCUGAUCGCCUACCACACAGAGGGGAAGGGAGAAGACAAAGAGGUGCCGGUGCUGAGCGCCCCUGUGGAAAUGGCCGGAGGGUACAUCACCGCGGCGGAGGCGGGGCAGUACGCGGCUGCCGGGGCCAUGGGCAUGGGCAUGGGCAUGGGCGCGGCCGCCGGCGGGGGGGCCUUUCUGGCCUCUCAGACCACGGUGGGCGGCGGCGGAGGUAGCUACUACCACCAAGGGGGCAUGGAGGUGGACUACAUGUCCCGAGAGGAGAUGCUGGAGGAGGAACGCUUGGCUGGCGCCCGCGCCAACUACGAAAUGACAGAAGGGAGCAUGUACGACGGGAUCGCCCUCUCUGAGGACUAUCUGGGGCAGUACUACUCGCAGAAAGCUGGCUGUGUGGCUAACGACCAGAAGGACAGCCUGCUGUUGUACGACUGUGAAGGAAACGGCUCGCUCGCCGGGUCGGUGGGCUGCUGCAGCCUCCUGGAGGCGGACAACGACCUGGAGUUCCUCAACGACCUGGGCCCCAAGUUCAAGACCCUGGCCGCCAUCUGCGGAGGCCGGACGCUCGUGUCCGAGGCCGAGGUGGCCGUCGCCGCGCCGAAGCCCGCCCCCGUCGAGUCCAGCUCUUCCGCGGCCAUGUUCAGCGAGCACUCCGCCAGCGCGGUCAACGCGUCCAGCGCGUUCAACGUGUCCAGCGCGGUCAACAUGGCCGCCGCGGCCCCGGCCGCCAGCAUGGAGAGAAGCGUCUUCGUGGAGAACAACUACGCGACGCUGCCCAAGAUGAACAUCCAGGAGAGCGUGGUGGUGCCCAGCCAGACCUACGUCGUGCAGCAGCAGCCCAUGUACUACGCCGCGGCUCCGGUCCUGCAGCCGGUGCAGUACAUGAUGGAGCCUCACGUGCAGUACGUGAUGAGCGACGCUCCGGUGAUCGGGGGUGCCGCUGUGCACGGCGGGGUGAUCGGGAUGCAGCAGGGCACCUUGAACAGGGGCGAGAAUGUGGUGCUGGUGGAGAGACAGAUGAGUUCAGGUCAGGUGUUGCAGCAGGGGGUCGGCGGGCUCAACCAAGGGCUGGUGCUGGUGGAUGGUCAGAUGGGGGCAGGGCAGGUGUUGCAACAGGGGGUAGGCGGGAUCAACCAAGGGCUGGUGCUGGUGGAUGGUCAGAUGGGGGCAGGGCAGGUGGUUCACGGGGGACAGACAUGGAUCCAACAAGGCACCCUACAGAGGGGCCCCAUUUCUGGCUCCCAGAACAUCCUGCUAGUGGAGGGGGCCACAGGCCAGGGCGUGCAGAAUGGAGUCAUCACACAGGGGAAGGAGAUCUUUAGGGAGACGGGGACGUUACGAGGCCCCGCGUCUUUGAUGAGCCUUAACACGGGCCCGAUCCAGGUCAGCGGGCCGCCGGGGUCGCAGAAGGUGGUGGUGCAAGAGAAACGGGUCGUCUCUAGUUCACACCGAGAGCGCGUGCCUUCGUAGAGCCACCGAAUUGAAAGAUUCCUCCACCGCUCUCUUGCGGUGAUCUUUCACCGUUGCGUUAGCAACGGGCGUUUCCUACUUCUCGGCCAUUAGAAGGGAUCCCGUCGACUCCAUUGCCUUGGAACCGGCGCGAUGCCAUUAGGUGUUCUUUCGCAGGGAUUGAGGGUUCAAAGUAUUCUUCAACAUGGGCUCUGUAAGACCUUACAGAUAUGUAAUAUACUGCAAUAUAUUGUAAAUGUCGAAAUUGAGUAAAAUACAUAUUUCACAACAGUCCAUGUGCACAGAGAGUAAAUUUAUGAUUGAGAGAGCAAUAUGUGAAAGUGCCAAUACUUUCUGUAUUUGUUCUUCAUUUGACCGUCGUCAUACAUUUUAUUUCAACAUAUUUUUAGGAAGUUUUCUUCUCGUAAGGUAGAUUGCUGCUGCUUAUAGUGGAAUGUAGAUGGCACAUGAAGCUCUAACUUGUGAGCAAACAGAGCACACAAAAGGAGUCUGCCUUACACACAAGCACUCAGUCU